AUGGCGUGCAAGCGCCCAGCGCCCGACGGCGGCGACGCCUUCCUCGCCGCGGCGUCGCCGUGUUGCAAGAAGCCCCGGCCGCUGUUCACCAGUAUCUUCAACUACGAGUAUCUCCACAAGCUCGGGGCGGGCAGCUAUGGCGUCGUGUACAAGGCUCGCGAUCGCCGCACCGGCGAGACGGUCGCCGUCAAGUGGGUGCGCCCCCGGCGUGGCCUUGACCACGGCCAGCCGGCCAACCUCGCCGCGUUCGCCAGCGAGCGCGACUGCCUCGCCGCGUGCCGCGGAUACCCGUCCGUCGUCCAGCUCAGGACGUCGCCUCCAACCCUUCCAACUGGGACGUGUUCAUCGUCAUGGAGUUCGUCGGCGCGAAUAGCCUCCGCGACUUCAUCGCCGGCUGCCCCUUCUCCGAGGGCGAGACGCGCGCGCUGA